AUGGUCAAAGUCGCAGUCGCAGGAGGCACCGGUGGUAUCGGCCUCCACAUCGUCGAGGCCAUCGUCGAGGCCGGCAACCACGAUGUCAUCGUCCUCUCCCGCCGCCCGAGCCACCCCGUCCUCGACAAACUCGGCGUGCCCAUCAUCGCCGUCUCCUACGACGACCCGGCCACGCUCGUCAAGGCCCUCGACGGCGUGCACACCGUCAUCUCGACCAUCGCCGGCGCCGGUGCGGACGCCUUCACGGACGCGCAGCUCGCACUGCUCGAUGCGGCCGUCAAAGCUGGCGUGACGCGCUUCGCGCCGAGCGAGUUCGCCGUGCGCUCAGUCGCCGACAACCCCAUCGAGAUUUACCGAGCCAAGUGGCCCGUCACGGAGGCAGUGAAGAGGAGUGGGCUCGAGUACACGAUCUACGAGGUCGGCAUGUUCAUGAACUACCUCGCGAGCGGCACGCCGGGCCUCGGGCACCUGGACCCGCUCACGCUGAUAUUCGACGUCGAACACUGCAAGGCGACGCUCCCCGAGGACGGUUCUGCGUACUUUGUGCACACGCGGGCGGAGGACAUGGGGAAGUUCGUCGCGGCGAGCUUGGACUUGGACAAGUGGCCCGAGUUCAGCCAGAUCAGGGGAGACAGGAGGAAGCUGAACGAGAUUGUGCAGCUGGCCGAGCAGGUCCGAGGCCAGAAAUUCGAUGUGACGUACUUAUCUGAGCAGCGACUACUGGAGACCAUCAACUCGAGCAGCCCGGGAACGCUUAAACACCCCGACGAGAGGUUCGCUGCGCUUGACAUGGAGAAGAUCAAGGCCCAGUCGUUUUUGCAGACCUUGAGGAGCAACCCGAUGGGGUAUGAGGGUCAGAACCUCAACGAGCUUUUCCCUCAGGUGCAACCUGUAGGAGUUCCCGAGUUUCUGCAGCAGUGGUGGGGAAAGAAGUAG